CGCUGCCCAGCCACGUAUAUAUUCUGAUAUAGAUAUCAGAAGGAAUCCGCGAAUAUGUCGGCCCAGAACUCCGCAGGCAUUCAGACCCUCCUCGAUGCCGAGAGGGAGGCGCAGAAGAUUGUUCAGCAAGCCAGAGAAUACCGUACGAAGCGGAUAAGGGAUGCCAAGUCGGAGGCACAGAAGGAAAUAGAAGAGUACAGAAACCAGAAGGAAGAGGAGUUCAAGAAGUUCGAGGCUGAGCACUCGAGCGGAUACAAGAAGGCGGAAGAAGAUGCGAACAAAGAGGCCGAAGUGAAGCUCGCAGAGAUCAAGAAGGCAGGUGAGGAGAAGGGCGACAAGGUCGUCGAGGAUUUGAUCAAUGCCACAAUCAAUGUCAACGCUGAGGUGCCCGAGAAGAUCGCUUCCAAAGCAUAG